AUCUUAGAUUUCUGUUGAGGAUUUGUUUGUCAUAAGAAGCAAGACAAUUGAUCAGAAUCACAGGACUUUGCAAAAGAUGGAUAUCAACCAAGUGAAGGGAGCUGAAGAGUUGUUUCAGGCUCAGGCCCAUGUAUAUAACUAUACUUAUAGUUACAUUGGUGCCAUGUGCCUCAAAAGUGCAGUUCAUUUGGGAAUACCAGACAUAAUCUACAAACAUGGCCAACCCAUUACUAUACCUGAGCUGGUCUUGGCACUUAAGAUUCACCCUACUAAAUCUGGUCAUGUGCACAGGCUUAUGCGUUUGCUGGUGCAUGCUGGCUUCUUUGCUACAACCAAGGUUAUAAAAGAUGCCAAAGAAGAAGCGGUGUAUGAUCUCACACCUUCCUCUAAGCUUCUCGUCAAAGAGAAUGUUCCAACCUUGUCUCCUUUUGUUCGGGCAAUGUUUCAUCCUGCUCUCGUUCACUCAUCAGAAUUCUUGGCUGAGUGGUUUCACAGAGAUGAGCACACACCCUUUCACACUGCAUUUGGCACUGGUUACUGGGACUACUUGAGCCAAAACCAAGAGUUUAAUAGCCUCUUCAAUGAAGCAAUGAUUAGUGAUUCUGGGAUGAUCAAUUUGGUGAUCAAAGAUUGCAAAUCUGUCUUUGAGGGAUUGAAUUCAUUGGUUGAUGUUGGAGGUGGGAAAGGAGGUGUAGGUAGGAUAGUUUCUGAGUCCUUUCCUAAUUUGCAUUGGACUGUGCUAGAUCUUCCACAUGUGGUUGAAAAUUUGUCAGAUAGCAGCUAUUUGAAGUUUGUUGGAGGUGACAUGUUUCAGUCUAUUCCUUCAGCAGAUGCCAUUCUUCUCAAGUUGGUGUUGCAUGCUUAUAGUGAUGAAGACUGCGUUAAGGUACUGAAGAAAUGCAGAGAAGCUAUUUCAAGCAAGGGUAAGGAAGGGAAAGUGAUUAUCAUAGACAUAGUGAUCGGUGAGAAGAAUGAAAAGCAUGAACUGACAGAAGCAAAGCUGUUUUUUGAUGUGUUAAUGAUGGUUCUGGUGAGUGGAAGAGAGAGAGAAGAAAAAGAAUGGGAGAAACUCUUCUUGGAAGCUGGAUUCAGUCAUUACAAGGUAACACCCAUCUUUGGUAUGAGGUCACUGAUUGAAGUUUAUCCUUGAAUUGAAUUGCUCUCGAUAAAUAAUCUCCCUUCUCAGGAGCAGAUGCAGUAAUUUAUGCAUUGCUAUUAUGUUGCUUUCUAUAAAGGAUAAUAAAAUUAUGUACUAGAGUCGCCUGAUCUUUAUGCCAAAAACUCUCUUGAAGAUUGUACAGUUCUUAUGGUGUGUAAUUGUUUAUCAUUUGUAUAAAAAAAAAAAAAUUUAUGGCAGAGCUGUAUUUUU